GAUAACCCGGACCCGACCCCGCGUGGGCCGACAUGGCGGGUCACAUAUAAAUAGAAGGGGAGAACCCUAACUGAUUCCCACUUAAUCCAUUUCUGCCGCAUCUCAUCCUCUCUUCCAACCCUGCAAUGUCUACCGGAUUAUAUGUCCGGCGAGGAACUGAACGGCUCUAAUCAUUUUCCGGCUGCGGACGGCAACUGGGUUCCGAACCCUCCGGACAAAUUGCAUUCAUUGCAAUGUUUUAUGUCGAAGGAUAUGCAAUUUAUCUUCCAUGGAACCUUUUAUGGAAGACCUUUGGUCGAAGAUUUAUAUAUAACUAAUUAACCUUUAGGGUUUUAGUUUGUAUAUAGAGAUUUCCCUUGUAGAUAAAUGGAGGAAUCAGGUUGGGUUAAUGUAUUGGAUAAUAGUGGUAGAAUAGUUGUUGACUCAAGAAGAAAAAGGGCAGCAAUGCAAGCAGCAAAUAUAAUUGCGGCGAGGCACAAGGUGUUAUCACUUAAGCACAAGCAUAACUCGUUAUUUCCUAAGCUUGGGAAGCGAAAAAGAUCAAGUGGAUGCAAAUCCAUGUGCUGGGUGCAUAUGAGGAAAUCUUUACUCACAAACUAUUCUAAUUUUACAAGAAGUGGACCCCCAAAACUUCUACUGUUUUAUCAAAACGGGGACUGGAAUAAUUUUCCUCAGGAAAUCAUUGAGUUGGUCAAGGAAAGUUUUCAAAUGAAGAAAGCAGCAAUUGAGGUGCAGUCCAAUGGCCGUCAUUUAAUGUUAGAUAUGUUGUACAUGAUCCAGGUGGAUCUAAAGACAGGUUCACAGAAACCUAUUGCUUGGAUUGAUGAAGCAGGUGGCUGCUUUUUCCCUCAAUUAUAUUCUACUACUAAUGAUGAAUGCAAUCAAUUUGGAGUGCAGAAUGUGGAACCAAAUGAGACCCGUGAAAUAAAGUUGCAUCUUCAAAUUGAAGUAGAUGGAGCUAAUGCCUACAAUUUGGAGGAAUGUGUGGAGUCAUCAAAAGAUUCUGCUAAGCGGAUUAAGAUUCAUCAAAAACUUAGAGAAAAUGAUGAAGAACUAGGUGUUAAAGCAAGUUACAACCAAAAAUCUGAUGCAAAAAUAGAAGAGGAGGUUGAGGAAGUUCAACAGAAUGAUGAAAAUUUAUUCACCAAGUUUGAAAAUAAUUGUGAAGCUGUAGACUUAGAUAGUGUGAGAAACAUGUUCCUUGAGGGCAUGAAGUCCUUAGCUGUAAGCAUACUUGAAAUAAGAAGAUGCUCUGAUAAUAUGAAGAAAGCUCGCUGGGAAAUUUUCCAGAAACAGGUUGAGGUAACCCGGAAGUAUCGUGGUGAUCCAAAUGUUCAGUAUGCGUGGCUUGCUUCUACAAAAGAUGCACUGCCUGGCAUCAUGGCCUAUGGGCUAACAAAUUGUGAAACCAAAAUCAAGGGAAGAUAUGGUAUUGGAAUUCACCUUACAUCUCUGAAUUGUGUCUUCACCAGUGCAAAUUCAUGUGAUGUUGAUGAAAAUGGAGUACAAUACAUGAUAUUUUGCCGUGUCAUAUUGGGCAACAUGGAACUUGUGCAGCCUGGAUCAAGUCAAUUUCAUCCCAGCAGCGAAAAUUUUGAUUCUGGAGUUAAUGAUCUACAAAAUCCAAGUCAUUAUGUGGUUUGGAACAUGAAUAUGAACACACACAUCUGUCCUGAAUAUGUUAUCAGUUUCAAGAUGUCCCAUGCUGCCAAAGAAGCUCUGGUUGGGAAAGAAAGCCAACUCAAUGUCCCUGGGGCUACUGCUUGUCGAGGACAUCAGGGUCAAGUGCAGGUGGAUCCAUCUACAGUUGAAUCAGAGAGGAAUUGCCAUCCUGAUCAUCAUUUUGAGGACAAAUAUGAGCAAAAGGCCCCUAACAGUGGUUCAAGUGCCUCCAAGGCUCCUAAAUCUCCUUGGAUGCCUUUUGCCAUGUUGUUUGAUGCCAUAUCCAAUAAAAUAGCUCCUAGAGAUAUGAAAUCGGUCCAUUUUCAUUAUGACCUAUUCAGGAGCAAGAAAAUUAGUCGGGAAGAUUUUGUAAAAGAGUUGAGGUUGAUUGUUGGCGAUCAAUUGUUGAAAUCUGCUAUAACUGGUCUUCAGUGCAAGACGUCAUCAAAAUCUUCAUGCCUGCCAAAAGUGCCGAAGGUGGAGCAAGAACGUUGAAGCUGUUUGCAAAGGUUCAAAACAACUUGUUUUUGCUGGUUCACUGAAUGUUACUAGGUAAUUAUCGAACAAUUUAGGUGACCAACUGCCUAAACUAGUAGUGCCUUUGCAAUGAAGGAUGAUGAGUUUGUUGCUUGUAAAGUUUUAUGACCAUUUUUGGAUAAAUUGGUAUAUACACUAAUACGAUGUACUAGGGCCUGGAAAUGUUCUCCUUACUGCUGGAGGUGGGUGUUGGAAUACUCUAAACAGCAAGAAGGGUUCUAAAUAGAGGACUUCUGGCCGUUUGCUCCACACAA